AUGAGCCUUCGAAUUCCAUUCACAAAAAUCGUUCACAGUCCCGUCAAGCCCGAGUUGGUGCUGGCGAACGGCACGGAUUUCCUUGUUAUUAACAGCAGUACCGGUGAAGCUGUCAAAUCAUACCCAAAGGACACUGAUCGCAAGCAAACAUACUCGGAAUUGCACCGUAGUGUGGCCUUCUCCAACGAUGGAUCGCUGCUCGCAACCAGUGGUGAAGAUAAGAUCAUCCGCGUCUUUGAUACCAAGGACUGGUCGUCAAAGUUGACGAGAAACGCUCACAAGCGUGCCAAUGCAAUUCGCUUUGAUAAAGCCGCAAGUCAAAUUUUGGUGGCUGACAAGUUCGGUGAUGUCUACAGCCAUCCCGUGGCGCCGAGUACCUCUGAAGAGGAGAAGCAAAUGAAGCCGUUAGUCGGCCAUGUAUCGAUGGUGACGGAUAUGAUUCUCUGCAAUAACGAAAAGUAUAUUGUGACUAGCGAUCGUGAUGAACACAUCCGUGUCAGCCGAUUCCCGAACGGUUACACAAUUGAAUCUUUCUGCCUUGGACACACAGAUGUAGUGACAGCGGUUCGCCAAUUGCCAUGGUCAGAAGAGAUGCUGAUAUCCGCAGGUGGUGACUCGACAAUCCGUUUGUGGGAAUUCUUGAAAGGCACUGAAGUUCAAUGUCUUGAUAUCAAGGAGAUUAUUCAAAAGUACACGCCUGCCGCUGCGGAUGCCAACUCUGUGGAACCCAUGGUCAGCGCAGUUGAAUUAAAUCCUGCAUCCAAGGUUGUUGCUAUUGCAUUUGCAAAGACCCCUGCUGUACUGCUGUUGAAGUGGAAUGAUGACGAGAAAAAAUUGGCGGUGGAUACUGUGCUUGAGACUGAGAAUCCCGUACUCGACAUUUGCUUUGAUAAUGAAAGCAAAAUGUGGGCUACUUUGGCUGCUGCACAAGAAAAGGACGAUCUUCUUGCUGUAUUUAGCCCGUCCGAGGGAUCUUUUAAGCGCCUUGGUGCCGAUGACGCUGUCGUGAAACAGUCGAAUGCCAUUGAGACCGGUUUGGUGGAGACCAUGCCCGACUUGUACACCAUCUUUGGUCUUCGAAAAUUCCUUGAUCUCGAUCAACCUGACGAUAAUGAUAGACCGGCGUCCAAGAACAAGAAGCGAAAAGUCCCCAUCUGUUAA